GAUUUCAGUAUAAAUAAGGCCGCAGACGGGACAGCUCGGCUUGUCCUGCCGCUGAUGUCGGAGAAGCUAUAUAGAGGUUAAACCCCUUCAAAGAGCUGCAAGCUGCUCCAACAUGCACACACUCUGACCCGCCUCACGGAUGGGACUAUACUCGAACCGGACCUACAGAGAAAUCCCGAGUUGUUCACGGUUCAACGCAAAACUAUUUGGCACAAGAGCGCAGUGAAGAUCCAUCGAUGUUUUUGCAGACUUUCUACUGGCACGUUGCGCAAACUACACAGACUCCCAAUAGCUAUAUGUGACCGUGAAGGUGUCAUUAUCAUUUUUACAUGUUUUGUAAUAAUAUCCUGCAGCUCCAGCGGAGGAAGCGACUCCUUCACCGGGUUGUUUUGGUUUCCAAGAGGGGGAAGGAGAAGUGUUUUGGGGAGUUGGAACUUUCACUGGAGUAGAGGACCUGAACACUUCUGCAGAGAUCGGGGAACGAGGACACUAAAGAGGAGUCCGGCGGGGCCAGAAACACGAGCAGAUGAUCCGACAGUCCGUAAACAAACCCAGAGGUUUGAUUUUCUCCUGUGGUGUUUGUGUGGAGCGUGCCACACACCCACUCCACAACAACGACGGCUCUGGCUUGCAUCUUCCAGUGCUUCUUCUGUCCGCAAGUCCAGCAGAGCUGCAACUCUUCCAGUGCCAGCCCGGACACCAGCGAGGAGCCCUGCCCCACUGACAUGGUGAAGAUGACCAAGUCAAAGACCUUCCAGGCUUACCUGCCUAGCUGCCACCGCACCUACAGCUGCAUCCACUGCCGGGCGCACCUGGCCAACCACGACGAGCUCAUCUCCAAGUCAUUUCAAGGCAGUCAAGGAAGAGCCUAUCUGUUUAAUUCAGUGGUGAAUGUCGGCUGCGGGCCAGCUGAGGAGCGGGUUCUCCUCACAGGUUUACAUGCUGUGGCUGACAUCUACUGUGAAAACUGUAAAACCACCCUUGGCUGGAAAUAUGAACACGCGUUUGAGAGCAGUCAAAAGUACAAAGAGGGAAAGUUCAUCAUUGAGCUGGCACACAUGAUCAAAGACAACGGAUGGGAGUGAUGCUCCUCUUCUCACUCUCUGACCUUGGAAUGCUCUUUAGUGAACUGCAUGGAGCGAUGACCAUCGACCACCUUGCCCCCUCCCGAGCCCCCUUAAAAAGAAAAACUCCACGAACCUCCACCCCAUCGCCUCUUUCACACGCACACACACCCACCUGCCCAUCGUGAGAGUGACAAAAUGGCGACAGAGGAGCAACUGGAGUGCUGUGAUUACUUUGAAGAGUGUGUGUUCUCCUUCACAGAGCGGGAUUUUUGGGGUCUGCUUUCCUCACUCUCACCCCCCCCCCCUCACCGAACCACGCUAACAAGUGACUGUGGUGUCAUGGCGACCACUAUGCGAAUGGAGAUAGACUUCACUGAGAGGACAUGUGUUUGUUUUCUUUAUGUUGCUCACCCAGCGAGACGGGUGACGAUUUAUUUUUAAUGUUAUUUACUAUAUCUUUAUCUUCUGGGUCUAAGGACUUGGUUUGAUAGCAGAUGGGUGUUACUGGUUAGCAUUUUAUUUCCCUGUCAAGUCUGUCCUGUUGUGUUUUUUGUUGUUGUUGGUUUUUAUUUGUCUCUUUGCCUUUAGCUGAGCAUGCUUUUCUUUGCUGAUGUCCAAAUGAGCAAUCAGGGACGGGUGGGGAAAGGGAGUUCUUUUGUAGUUACAAAUAUGUAGCAGCAUCUUGCUUUUAAAAAAAAAAGAUGAACAAAUUGGCAAAGGAUGGGAUGCAGUAGUGUGGGGUGUUAUUCCUUAUAUAUCUUUAUUGUUUUAUCUUUUUUUCUUUCUUGUUCAUUUUCUUAACUUCUCCCCCCUUCUGGUACUUCUCAGAACCCAAAAAGCAUAAGGAGCAGCACCUCCGAUGUGUUAGACAUAAAUGGAUAUGUAUAACUAUAAAUAUAUAUAUAUAUAGAUAUUUAAAUAUUUGUAGUGUUUGGCUAAGUGCGAUUGUGGCUGGUCCCAUUUUGCAGCAGUACCACAAGUUAAAAGGAGCGAAAAUAGUUUCUAGACUGGGGAACCUGACAUCAGUGGCCACAUGUCAUAAAGCAUUAAGGCGGACUGUAUUAUUCCAUUGUCUAGUAAUGAAACAAUCAGAGAGACAUCUACAUAUGAAUAUAUAUAUAUAUAUAUAUAUAUAUACACGCAUACUAUGGUUACAUAUCCAUAAAUGCUAUGAAACUGUUCAUAGUACGUAAAUAUUGGAACAUGGAUUCUGAAUAUGCUUGCUGUCGUGCACAUAUGUAUAUAUGCAUAUGACUUUGUGUAUAUGCAUUGUGUGUGUGGUCACGCAUUACACAGUGACGUACUUGAACGUUGCUAUUUCGUUUGCACUUUGCAGAGGCCUUUGGUUCAUCUCAGUUUAGAGGCAAAACUUUAGUUCGCUCUUGUCUGUAUUUUUCUACUUUAGUUUUUUUAAACGGCCUUUCUCACAGAUGAACGACAGAUUGUUGUAGACGGAAAGAAAGUUUGACCUGGACAGUUUGAGGUGUUUUCGUAGUUUUUUCGUUACGACUGAAGCUAGAUGCUUCUACAAGUUUUGGUUUUAUUUCAAUAAGAUCAACAACUGAUGCUUUUCCUCUUAGUUUUUCUCGAGAAAAGUUUAGUUUCCGAUUCUUUGCUGCUAUCGUAGAAAUGCGGCCAUUUCCUUCUCGCUCUUGUAGGUCUUUUUGCACUUUAAAUGCUUAUCCGUCUCUCUCUCUUAGAGCAUAUGAAUUGUCUCUUUGUGAUUUGCCUCUAAGCCGUAUGAAUCUUGUGCCUCUUCAAAUCAUGAACAGCCUCCCCUCUUAUUUUUCUGUUGUGCAGUGCAUAACUUGAAAAAUCCUUUGUGUGAACGAUGUGUCUUCCCCCUUCUGUGGCCCUCAAAAGAAUUGUUUUUCACAUAGAUCCUCAUAAAAUGUAUCUUUUUUUCUUUUCUUUUCACAACAGAAACUUAUACAUAAACACUUAUAUUUUCUACAUUAAGAUUUAGAGGUGCAAAAACAGAUGGAUAUUUCUCAGAGUAAAGCAUAGAGGAGGAGGUUUGGAGCAUGCGGGAUGCCUUAGGCUUGUUGUUUGACUUUUUAUUGUAAGGAUAACAAAAAAGGUUGGCAGCAGGUGGAGGCGGGGCGGGAUGGGAGAAAUUUAAAAAUCAGCAGUGAUUGAUUACUUUGCCGGCAAGGUCAGUCAGAUCACAUGACCUUUUUAUCCUAAAAAACGAUGACAAUGCAAACCCUUAAUAUACAGCGGUUAUACCUACUUGAAAAUUUAAAGACAUAAACAGCUGAGAUAUUGGCCCGUGUUAAAGUUUUUGUACAUAAACUAACAUAUUUAAGGUUUUAUACGUAUUUCUACUGGGUUGGUUCUUUUACUUCCCCAACUUGAAGCACUUUUGUUCACUGUACCUCUGACUGUGUGUGUCUGUGUGAGUGUGUCUAUGUGUGUGUGCAUGCAGGCCUGCACACGAAGGUGAAUGUUUAGUUUCUUUUCCGCAGACACUUUAUUUGUUUCUCUUUUUUUGGUUUGGAAGCGUUUUUAUUUGUCCUGAUGUUUUCCUUCUUUCGCAGCUGUUUGGUUUCUCUCCCGGUGAUCCGUGAGGUCGAGAGCCAGGUUAGUUUGUUUGGAAGUGAUUUAUCAUUGUUUUAUGUUGCUUUUCUGUUAGCUUGUUUAUUUAGCCUGUUUGUUGAGAGCCCGUUGGGGCCGAUGUUAAGGUCCCUGCUGAGCCGUGUGGACAUAGGGGGGCGAGCUGGAAUCUCCCACCGUGUCACAGGGAGACCCUUUCACCACUACAGUCAGUGUCUCCUGUAUACAGGGCUUUCAGGGGAUGAGACGCACCCUCUGGCGGCCUUUUUGGAGGUUCUUAGCUUUUGUCACCGCUGGCUGUAUGUAUCUGAUUGUAUUUCUUAAUUUUGCUGGUUGUGACCGAAAAUGAAUGGUUACUUCCCUGAUAUAUUUGAUUUCUUGUUUUGAUAAAGUUAGCUUCUUACCUAUCGGAGCUCAGUCGCUACACCCAGUUGUGGGACUAUUUUUAACUACUCUUCAAAUAAAGCACUCAGUAUUCCACAUUCCACUGCGCACAUGUCUUUAAAAGGGGAACUGUUUUGGCUAACAGUCAGUGUUUCAAAUGUUCACCUGGCUGCCAUGAUUCAGAAGUUUACUUCAGGGGCCGUCGAUUGUUUUUACAACUCACUUUAGAUGAAAGCACGCUAACUGACAAAACGCCUUGACGCAAGAUGGCGGCUGCGUUCCUAGAGACACUGCAGUCGGAAAAUAGCGAUAUGAGGCAAUGUAUAUGAUGUGAAUAUUGAAAAAUAAAUGAGCUAGCCAGCUCCCAACGGAGUCCGUUUAACUAACGCUGGCCAGCCACCUGCGGUGAUGCUUAUUUCUGUAACCAGUGUAGCAUGUUAGCAGGUUGGAAUUGGCUAGCUAGCUAGCUUAGUAGUAUGUUGCAAAAACAAUGGAUGCCACCGAGGGUGUGUCGCUACCCCUUGGCGUCAGUGUCUGGUUGAGUAAAAGGUGCAACAGAGUACAUUUCGGACUACACUAAUCAGUGAAGCAGGGUGUAGAACCUUCAAACAGAGCAGCAUUCAAUCAAAACUCCUCAGCCUGGUGUUAUGUUUCUCUUUUAAUGGUGCAUUUAAGCGAUUACGAAGGGAUCUCAUUGAUAUUUGUGUUCUUGUUUUAAUCAGUGCUAGUUAAAUGGCUACAUUUCAUGAACUCUGGUAUUCACCACUUUGUGGGCCAUUUCAUGGUGAUACACUUGAAAACUACUGAGACUGAAAGUUCAGGUUUGGCUGUCUGUUUGUCAAGAGUCUGAUCAUAUAUCAUGAUCUACCUAAGCAAACGAGUUAAAGCUGUUCAACCUACAUCAGACUCAUAUCAGAAAAUGUCUAAAUCCAGCCCUUGGUUUAGAUUUAUAACUUUAUGAACCUUUUCCAAUGACACUGGUAGAUACAUUUUUCUACAAACAAACAAAAACUACCUUACCAGACCAUUCAUGUCUGCCUAUAUGGUAACUGAAUGGACUUGUUAGCUGUUCCAUGCACAGAGCCAGUUCCUCCAACGGACCUCCACAUUGGCGCCAGCAGUGGUUGCUCGCAGAGCCUCUUUACUCGCCCUGCGCUCAGUCAGUUUAAGUUGAAUCAACAAAAAGCAGUUGCCAGUGUCACCGCCGGUGUGUACCAAAAAGACCCAGGUUCUACCGAAUGCAUCAGUGUCAUGUGUUAAUGGCGGGAAGGAAGUCAGGGGUCGAGCGUCUCCUGGAGAUUUAAAUUCUAUACCAAAAUGAAAGAGGAGAAAUCCUGUCUCGUAUGACAUUGUCUUUCGGUAGAAUGUUUUGAUUCUCUGAACACAACAGUGUCAAAGCAGCCUGGAUGAAAAUGUUAAUAUUUGCUGCUGAAAAACUGUUUACUUUUUAUUGUUAUUUUUGUUUUAUUGUGACACUGGUUACCAACUUCAUGAGCUCUGUUACUUUCUAUAUCUGUACCUAAAGCGUAAUCAAAGGCAAGAUUGGUAUACAGGGGAAAAGACUGUACAAGUUAUUUUCUUAGGGCUUUUAAACCACAGUUUAAGGUCUAAAGCAUGUUGUAUUUAUAAUGGCUAUAUGUUGUGCCUGUUUUAUUUUAUUUUUUUCCUAAAUUCAAAACAAAACUAUGAUUAUGAUUUUCAUUUGACUACAUUGCUUUGCAUUCUGUCUUAGUAAAGCCAUGUCACAUGUCUGUUUUCACUCUAAUGUAAACUAUCAGAUAUCACAAUAAAUUGGCAUUAAGUUGUG